UACAGAAAGUUUUGAGUUUGGGGUGGGUUUUUUUUUCCGCUUUGGGAAGAGUUCAGCGCUCGAUCAGUGCCCGGAGCGGAGCUGCCGGACCGAGGGCAGUUACCGAGCUCUUUCCAGCUCGAGCCACCGCGCAAGAUGAGCGUAGCAGUGGAGGAAGCCGUCUUGCCAUCCAUCUCCACCUUUGCCGGCUUGGUGCCGCUGGAACAGAGGCGGCCCGAGAUGAGGCUGGCUCCUCCUUCCUUGGAAAGUGCCACCGCCAUCAAGAGGGAAGCCGACGAGCUAGGUAACUUCGUCGACCUGGAGUUCAUCCUGGCGCACACCACCAACGGGCAGCCCAAUGGCGGGGUGGGGCCCGCGCACCCCGGCGGCAACCCUAACUACCCCCUGCCCGAAACCCCGGAGAGCUGCGGCACCACCUACGACAGCGAUAGUUCCAACUACCAGCCCCCUAACAAGUUCGCCGCGUCCUACCUGCCCAGCCCCGGGCACAGCUACGUAGCCGAGCUCUUCACUCAGGACAUGCAGCAACCCCCUCCCUCGGUGGGUCCGAGCCACUGCGAGCUCCAGCGGCGGGAAUAUACCGAGCUGCGCGUCCCCGGCUUGGCCCACCCGCCCUCCAGCUUGCCCGCGGGGCUGCCCUUAGAGCACCUGCGCGUCAAGCAGGAGCCGAUGGACGGGCACUCCUGCAUGCUGAGCGGCCCGCCCGAGUGCCUGGCGUCCGGAGCCCUGGACCACAAGCCCCUUCUGAUGCAGCCUCUGCUCCAGCUGCCCCAGCACGCGUCUUCGGCCUUCCCCGCCGAGCAAAUGGGCUCGGGCCCCCCUUGCCAGGUGGGCGGCGAUCUGGGCGCCCCGAUGGGGGCUCCCCAGCAUUACCCGCGGCCUCCCCACCUCUUCCAGCCCAACUUCGCCGGGCAGAUGCAGUCCCAGUUCCACGGACACUUCAGCGUCUUUCGAGAGCCUUUGAAACCGCGCGCCCAAGGCAUGCCCGGGCUGCUCGUCACGCCGCCCAACUCGCCCGUCUUGGAUUACUACGCCCCGAUGGGUCCCCCGGAGGAAUGCAAGCCGAAAAGAGGUCGGCGGUCCUGGGCCCGCAAACGCACCGCCACCCACAACUGUGAAUUUGCCGGCUGCGGGAAGACAUACACGAAGAGUUCGCACCUCAAGGCGCACAUGCGGACCCACACGGGUGAGAAGCCUUAUCACUGUACCUGGGAAGGUUGUGGCUGGAAAUUUGCACGGUCAGAUGAACUGACACGCCACUACCGCAAGCAUACAGGUGUCCGGCCUUUCCAAUGCCAGCUAUGUGACCGUGCGUUCUCUCGAUCAGAUCAUCUGGCCCUGCACAUGAAGAGGCAUGUGUGAAGCAUGGCUGGCUCCCUGGGGCAGUGGGGUGGACUAUGCUGUAAAGUUUCCAGUAUGGUCAAUCUAUUCAGACCAAUAAACAACCUGUGAUGAUGUAACCCUUCUUAAAGCAAGUAACAUCCACCAAUAAGUCUCCAGCUGACAGCAGUGCGUGUUUUGGGAUUAUCCAUCUGAAGAAACUAAAAUGGCCACUUCCGGAAUAGGCUGAUAAAUAAUAUAUACUCUGAACAAAGACAAGAGUUGUGUUGGUAGGUUGUGCAAGCUGUAGUGUUUAGGAACAAAUGUUUUACAGCAAAGUUCUGUGCUCAGAAGUAAAGCUACAAACCCACACACUUCAGGUUUUUCCAUCUUCUUUUCUUGCUCAGGGAUGUUGCCAAACAGGACCAAAUAUUGCCUUGAUUCACAAUUCUGAGAGUGGUAAAACCACUUGGUUAUAGACAGAGCCUUGAAAAAAAUGCCUUAUGAGAGUAAAUAGAAAUAAACUGCACUAUUUCAGUGCUAUUAGCCAAUGGAAGCCAUUGUAAGUUGCACUCUAUGCAUGCUUGUGUGUUAUAGCUAAUCACCACUUGGUUUGCAUAUCACAACAAGCCAUAAUAUGGUUUGCUGGUACCGGAUUAGCAUAUUUUAUAAAUGUAGGCAUUAUUUAUAACCAUGGUUUAUGGUUUAACAUGUUUCGACCUUAGCCAAGAACAAAUAUAUUUUCAAAUAAAUAUACGUAAUACUGCAAUUAUGAAUAACAAUGCAAGCCUAGUUAUAUUGAAUCAAAAAUAAAUCUGUCCUGUGUCUUAUUCCCAGAUACGUGUGCAUAGGGUUACAGCUAAAAUGUGGUUGUAUAUAUUAUAAUACCUCAAAGUGCUUUGUAGGAUUAAAGCAUAUAUGGAAAAAGCCAUUUGUACUGCUUUUUAACUGCUGUGUAUAUUUAACUCUUCUAAUGCAUAUCAGUUAAUGAAUUUUACUGGUGAUGCUACUCCAUCUCUCAGUACUGAAAGCACAUGAAUCUAUGGCAUUUUCUGAACUCUGUAUUCAUUUGCACAAGCAAAGAUGCCUUUAAAGUACUACAAUAGUUUGUUCCAGAAGGCUAAUGAUUAAUAGGCCAUUGUUUUUCAACCAUCAAUAACUUUAGAUGCCAGUUGCACCAUUAAAUUACUAUUUUAUGGACCUGAUCUCUGAUGGAGGCAGUUCAUUAUAGCCUCUGAGUGUUAACUGAUAGGCCCUUAAGAAUACUUUUGCCUGCAAGCGGGGAACCCAUAUUGCUUUAUAUGUUAUUUCAAAACCCCUAUAGCCCCUAGGCCAGGGGUAGGCAACCUUGGCUCUUUUAUGACUCGUGGACUUCAACUCCCAGAAUUCCUGAUCCAGCAUGGCUCAGCUUGGAAACCUCUCCCUUUCCCCUCAGCAUGGCUGGCUCAGGAAUUCUGGGAACUGAAGUCCACAAGUCAUAAAAGAGCCAAGGUUGCCUACCCCUGCCCUAGGCCAUCGGUCAAGCAGGCCGAAGCUGAUGGGAACUGAGACUUAUACCUUUUAAAAAUCCAUAGGGUCUUUCCUGACUUUUAUCUGUGGCAUUGGUGAUAUCCUCUGAAGGAUGAUCAUUAAGCCAGGUACUGCUGCAGCUGCAUUUUUUUUUUUCUAAACAACUUUUGGAUUUUAUUUUUGUAAAGGGCAUUUUUGUCCAUUUCUGCUAUACUUGAAAUGUUCUUUUUGGAGGGAAAAAAAGACCCCUUAAUAUGUAGCUUAUGCAAAAAAGAUGUAAUUCUUUUUUUAAAAUGCUGUAAAUGAAUAUGUGUUUUGUUUUUUAAUAGCUCAGGUCCAUUUAAUAAAUGACCUCAGCUCUGGUAUGUGCACUGCACCUGUCUGUACAGUUUAUGAAUUACCAGCUCCCAUGCAGAAUGUUAGCUUUAUGUAUAUGCAUACCUAAAAAUAUUCUUGAUCCAAUAUAAAAUAAAUAAAACAUAAUAAAAAGCAG